UAAAGUAGUACCAGGUUCUGCACAUAUAGACAUAUAAUUGGUGGAAACAACAAAGGAAGCCGGAACAACCAGGAAGCAGGAGGACCGUCCCGCCCCGCAGGUCGAACAGGUAGAUCAGGCUGACAUCAUCCUUCAGGAAAGAGCCUGAACGCGCGGAGAGACGGCCGGGUACUUGCGGAGUAAUCACCUGUGCUCUACACCUGUCGUCCCCCCCAAACGCCCUCCCGAGAUGAAGCUCGCGGUAGUUUUAGCUCUGAUCAGCGCGGCCGUGAUGGGGGCCAUGAUCUUCCAGACCCUGCGCCAGGAGAUGAACCUGCGCAACAUGAGGAACCAAAUGGUGGAGAGCUCAGUCGAAAUAAAGAAGAAGGAAGCCUCCAUCGUGGAGAUGAAAACCAAAAUCCACGAGAUCAGGUCUUCUCUGGAGAAGGUCAACAGUAAAGUGGAGGAGCUGAGGAAGAAGAAGGCAGAGGCGGAGAAGUCACUGCAAGAAGCUGAGAAAAGCCUGGAGACCUGCAAUGGGGAAAAGGUCAAAACCGACAAAAGGAAAGCAGAGCUGGAAGAAAACUUGGCUCAACUCAAAACCGACCAUGAGGAGGCUAAAAACAAAGCCCAAGAAGAAGUCAGGUCUUUAAAGGAGCAGGUUUUAAGCAGAGACAAAGCUCUAUGUGCUUAUGCAGAUAUGACCAAUGAAGAAGCUAAGAAGUUGUGUGGAGUUUUUGAAGAACCGAAAUGAAGUCAACUUAGUCAACUUGGAAAGUUAUCAAGCAAACCGGCUUUGAACACCACGUUGAACUUCACUGCUGGCGUUGAGAACCCAUUGUCUUAUAUUUUGUUGGCUGGGUUGAUCAACAUCUCAUUCAUGGAUCAAUGAGAGAGACUUUUGAGAUGGGGAAAUGGCUUUUUGUAUUAUUUUCAAAGGUGACUUCUGGUUUUGUAGGAAUUAUUUUGUGAAAUAAUUUUGUAAUUAUUUGCAUUUUUUUCAGUCGUUGCCUUGGCUAUCAUGCACAGCUCAUAAUGUCUACUUGUGAGUCCUAUAAGGUUCAUGUUCAGCAGAGCAGCAAUAUGUGUACUAUUUAUGUUAAACCAGCUUUACCUUGCUCUUUUGUAUGUUGUUUUAUUUUAUUUGAAUAAAACAUAAUUUUAAAUUCUGAAGACACAAAAUGAAUGGAUUAAAAAUGCUAAAUUAAAAUAGAGAUUUUUUUGGCUUUUGUUAUACUUUUUUCUGAUUGUUAUGGUUUCUGACAUUGUUUCUUGAUAAAAACAUGAUAAAUGUUUUUCUGCUAGUUUGUCACUUUUUUAUUUAUCAUGCCUGAAAAAUAUUUGUAAAAGUAAUUUUUUGCGUUUGAGUUCAUGAGUUUGUCAUUGCACUUAAACACCUAAAUUCACCUGAGCAGAAUUGACAACUGAGACUGACAGUUAUGCAAAAAAAAAAAAAAAAACUCUGCUUGUUUUUCUAUUUGUGGUUGGAUAAUUUAAAAGUUCACUUGGAGUUAUUCUUCAGUGAUUAAGAACUGGUAGGACACAAAGUUGCUAUAGCCAAGUAAAUUAUGCUAAAAACGUUUAUUUUACUAUACUGUUACCUUCAUAUCAUUUAGUUCACUGAUCCAUUUAAAUGGCUGCCAGAUGCUUGUUCAGAUUUGAAUAAAUAUUGGUUUUCAAAAAGCA